ACCUGCUGAGAAAUACAAGAAAUUGAUGGUAUGUGCAACAGCAGACGGUGCAGCAGUAAACACCGGAGCGUACAAUGGCCUGCUGACACAACUGCGUAAUGAUGAACGGCCAUGGCUGGUUACUAUUUCCUGUACAAUGCAUCGUGUGGAACUCACUAUCAAGGACAGCUUGAUGAAGGAGAAGAAGUUCGUAGAGGUCGAGGACCUUAUGGUCACCUUGUACUAUCUCAUGAAGAGGUCUGGAAAGUUCCAGCGACAGUUUCAUGAAACUGCAGCGGCCCUGGAUGUACAAGUGUACAAGUUUCCCAAGGUACACGGAACAAGAUUCGUCAACCAUCAGCGAAAGGGUGUCUCUGUCCUGCUGCACAAUUGGAUUCCGCUAGCCAUUGCAAUUGAGAAUGCCAUCGCCAAUGCCAGUAACCGAACACUCAAUGCAACGCUGAAGGGCAUUUUGAAGAAGAUUCGCAGCGCAGCAUUCCUUGCUACAGCCUGUAUCUUCAAGUCCAUCCUGUCGGUUGUAGCUGCACUGUCCCUGAAGCUGGAGAAGGAUUUCAUCAUGCCGUUUAAAGUGGCCCCCGCCGUAGCCCUGGCACAGGCCGAACUAGAAGAAUUGCUGCAGGACAACGAGUGCCAUCUGGCCAAGCAAGGACUUACACUCACCGAGAGUACGGUUUCUGCGUCCCUCCCCAAGCCUGGGCACAUGAAGCGAAACCCGGAGAACCGACAGUACACGGAUGUGGAGUACACAAAAAUGACUCAUGCGGGACUAGUCGAAGGCACUGUAAAGGCCGUGAAGGAUUCAACCCUGCCACCAUCGUCUGAGUGUCUGCGACUUCGUUUUCAGUCAUUCGACAGUGCUCCCUUUCCGGCAAUGCUCUGGGUUGACCCAGCAAACUGGCAGGACAUGGACAAGGAGCUCGACAUGAUGAUGUCUCUCGCUGAGCGUUUCGCCGUGCCACUUCGUGAGAGCGGGUUCGAUGCCACCAAUCUGAAGGCAGAGUGGAAGGUUACGAAGCAUACGGUAAAAUACUUCUACCCUAGCGUCACAUCACCAGCUAGCCUGUGGCAGCGACUGCUAUCUUACAGGAGGAAGCAAUUUCCGAAUGUGUGUCUCCUUGUGGAAGUUGUGCUGGCCAUUGGCGUCAGCAACGGUACCGUGGAGUCUUGCUUCAGCUACCUGACUGCCAUGCUGACCGAUCGCCGGGUCCCUCUCCUGCACACCACCAUGUCUGACCUGCUAAUCAUCAGGGCGAACCAUGCAACAUGGUCAGAUCAUGAGCGGAAUGAGAUCAUUUCUGCUGCUCUUGGUGAGUAUAUGUCUGGCAGGAGAAAGAUGCAGCUUGAGCCACAGGCGCCAGAUGACAGCGAAGAGCCAGCUCCGAAGCGGGCAUUGGUCGCCUCAAGCUCAUCAGGAGAUUCUUCAACGUCAUCAUCGGAGAACGGGGGCGUGGGUGAGUCCGACUCCGAGGCAGCUCUGCAUUGUUUGGAAGUCUCUUCCGCCGCUAGUUCCGACAGCAGAUCGGACCUGCCACAGGUUCUGGGAAGCGGUAGCGGCAGUGACAAUGAUCUCCCCUGAUUAUCAUUGAGUAUGACUUUGCUCUUGUUCAUUAGUCUUUUCUAUAUGUGCAAUAGUGAAUGUUCCUAUUGAUGGCUGUAGCCUGUUGUAUAUAAAUUAAAGUAUACUACUGCCAGACAAUGCCCGCUACUUGGUGCAGUGUCACGUGGAUGAUCACUGACUGUCUUUCUUUGUACUCGUGUUGUGCUAUGGAAUCACUACGAUGUAGUGCACUGCAGUUGGAAAGACAAUA